UAACAAUCAAUUUAUCAUAUGUCAUCAGAGAUUGCGAAAGAGGUACUAAGAAUUCGGCUUUAAGGUAAUCGCCACGGUCGGAAGAAUUAAUGACUCACAAAAAAAUAACAACGUCCUCGGGGUCUCGGUGUCGCGCCUUCGAGGCGAGAUACCAAGCGCAAAUCUGAACUCGCCAUCACCCAAAGUCCACGAUUAUCAAUGGAUGGCCCCGAUCACUUCCGGAGCCGCUUCCUACGGCGGGCACAUCCGUGCGGGUGGGGCACGGAUUUUUUUUCCGAUGUGACGUAUAAAAACGGGAACGAUUCGAGUGGCUGUGUAUCACUGCAUUCGCGCUCGUCGUCGCGGGAUUGUGGGACCUGGACUGGUACUUCUCGAUUAUGCCUCAUCGAUUGUCAGCCACCCUUGCGUGGGCGUUUCUCCUUCUGACGACGCUGACAUCGGCGUGGCCCACUUUCCGUCGUCGGGACAUCUUCGACAACAUCCUGGAUAACCCAGGCGGACUGAUCGCCCACCUGCGGAAUUUCGGCAGCUCGCUCUACGGAUUCCCGAGCAACGAAACCGGGUUGAAGGUGGCACGCUGGCACAAAGACUUGGACGUGAAUCCGGAAGAGCUGGGCGAUUACGCGGAGGGAGACAUCCUUUUUCCUCCGAGUAUCGGAAGAAACGGUCUCUCCGCGGUUUCCGCUCGAUGGCCCAACGGCGUUGUUCCCUUCAUGAUUAGUCCUUACUUUAACGCGCAGCAGCAAAGGAUUAUAUAUGACGCAAUGGAUGACUAUCACAAGUACACGUGCAUCAGAUUUAAGCCGUAUACCGGUGAGGAAAGCGAUUACAUCAGAAUCACGGCCGGUAACACUGGAUGCUGGAGCAGCGUGGGCAGGAUUGGCGGCCGUCAGGACGUAAACCUUCAGGUUCCUGGUUGCCUGACGCAGAAGGGCACGGUGAUACACGAGUUGAUGCACGCCGUCGGCUUUUUGCACGAGCACAGUAGAUAUGAACGAGAUGAUUACGUGGACAUUCUGUGGGACAACAUUUCCAACGGUAGGCAUCUCGACGGUAAUAUUUUGGAUCUUAUUGGCGGAAUUUUUCAAGGUAACAGCGAAGUAAAACUCGGCCAGAGGGAAGGUUUCAGCAAGAAAGAUAUUUUAAAAAUUAGAAGAAUGUAUAGAUGCGGCAAACGUUCUGUCAUAGGUGAUUACAAUGGCGAGACAUACUAAUAAAAGAAUAUUUGAUAAUUUUGACGUACGUUAAGACUAAAUGAAAGAGGAAAUUCUUGAUUAAAAUCAAUAAAAAAGUUGAUAAGAAUCUUCACUUAAUGAAAGAAAAGGACAUCUAGUCUUAUGUGCAAAACGUAUGACUGCGUCUUUUAAAAGACGAUAUGUAAAACAGCGAAUGUAAACAGUAUUAUUAUCUGACAAUAUUACAUUAUUUAAUCAUUAUUUAAUCAUUAUGUAUUUUUUAAUAUUAUGAAUAUGUAAUAUGUACAUGAAUGUACUUUAUAUAUGUAUUAUAAGAUAUAUAUUAUAUAUUAUACACACAAAUGCAUCG